GUGUAGGACAAAGAUUGCAGAUUUUGUCUUUUCUUUUUGACAUCAGUUUAAGAGAUUUUUUUUUAAAUAAUUUGGUGGACUUAAAGUGACCUAUAGCCCAAUGUUUUGACGUACUCUGGAGUAUUUUUUAUGUUUUUUUGAAGACGAAAGGAUGCAUUUCUGGAACACUGUCUUUAUCCUGUGUGCAUUAUGGCCCACUGCUUUGUCUGUGACGCGGUACUCUAUAGCCGAAGAGAUGCCAAGAGGCUCUGUUGUGGCUAAUCUUGCUGCAGAUUUGGGACUGGAGCUCGGAGGUUUGGCGCAACGAGAGGUAAAACUUGACAUUUUCCACAACAAAAAAUACCUAGACGUUAAUAAAAAGACAGGGGAGUUGUAUAUCGUGGAGAAAAUGGACAGGGAAUAUCUUUGCCCUGCAAAACCUACCUCCUGUUUUCUCAAGCUUGAUGUUAUCAUAGAAAGCCCUUUACGUAUAUUUAACAUUGAGCUUGGUAUAACAGAUAUAAACGACAACGCUCCUCAUUUUCGAAGGGACCGGGUAGAACUAGACGUUUCUGAAUCUGCAACACCAGGAGAGAGGUUCUCCCUGCCUAAUGCUGUGGAUCCAGAUGUCGGUAUUAACACUAUAAAAACAUACAAACUCAGCGCCAGCGAGCAGUUCACCAUAGAAAUUCAAACGGGCAGUGAUGGAACUCAGUAUGUUGAUUUAGUCUUGACCAAGUCUUUAGACAGAGAAGAAAAAGCUGUUCAUAAUUUAAUUCUGACUGCUAUAGAUGGCGGGGUCCCUGUACGCUCUGGAACUGCGAAUAUUAUCGUUAGAGUACAGGAUACAAACGAUAAUCCUCCUCGGUUUGACAAACAGACAUAUGCAAUUAACAUGACAGAAAAUUCACCCAUUGGAACCGUAGUGAUGAAACUAAACGCCACAGAUCGUGAUGAGGGUCUCAAUUCAGAUAUAGUAUAUUCAUUUACGCUUUACACGUCAGAAAAAACGCAAGACGUCUUUGCGCUCAACCAAAACACAGGAGAGAUAACCGUAAAGGGAACGAUUGACUACGAAGACAUGAAAUUUUAUGAGAUGCACAUUGACGCCAGGGACAAAGGGGCGCAGCCUUUAUUAGGGCAGUGUAAAGUUGUUGUCCACGUGACAGAUAUGAACGAUAACUAUCCCGAAAUUACCAUUCAGUCUGUGAAAAACACAGUGGAUGAGAAUAUCCCGGUAGGUAGUGUCAUAGCACUAGUGGAUAUUAGUGACAGAGACACAGGAGAGAAUGGGGAGGUAAGUUUAUCCAUAAGUAAUGACAUGCCCUUUAUUCUUAAUAAGUCCUUAGACAGACCAACGCAUUACAAACUUUUAGUGUCUGAACCCUUAGAUCGAGAAAAAACCCCAGAAUAUGAUAUCAUAUUGAUAGCAACAGAUGCAGGAAAACCACCUUUAUCCGACAAUGAAACUAUAACUCUGCAUCUUUUAGACGUUAAUGACAACGCGCCACAGUUCCCUCAGUCAUUUUAUACUAUACGUGUAAUGGAGAAUAAUGCACCAGGAGCCUUGCUCAGUUCUCUCACUGCGUUUGACCCUGACCUCCAUGAAAACCAGUAUCUGGUUUAUUUCAUCCUGGAGAAGGAGAUAGCCAACACCUCCAUGUCCAUGCUGUUCUCCAUCAACCCAGAGAACGGGAACCUUUACGCACUGAAAACCUUUGACUAUGAGAUUGAGAAGGAGUUUCUUUUCCACAUUGAGGCCAGAGACUCUGGUUCUCCUCCUCUCAGCAGUAACGUGACUGUCCACAUCAUCAUUGUGGAUCAGAACGACAAUGCUCCUGUUAUUGUGUCUCCGUGGCGAGCCCACGGCUCAGUGGUGGAGGAAAAAAUCCCCAGAUCCACCGAUAAAGGCUCCCUGGUUGCCAAGGUGAUAGCCUUGGACAUAGACUCGGUGCACAACUCUCGGAUUACCUACCAGUUUCUCCAGGUGACUGAUGUCAACCUGUUCAGUCUGGACCAAUACAACGGAGAGAUCCGGACCAUGAGGAUGUUCAGUUACAGAGAUCCACGCCACCAGCAGCUGGUGGUCGUUGCCAAGGACAACGGACAGCCUGCUCUGUCCGCUACAGUCACCAUCAAGCUGUCCACAGUGGAGACUGCUGUGAAGGCCUAUUCUGACAUGACUGAGGUGCCUCUAGAAUAUGACAUCUUCUCAGACCUCAACCUGUAUUUGGUCAUUGGUCUGGGCUCAGUGUCAUUUCUCCUGCUCAUCACCAUAUUGGUCACUAUUGUGCUCAAGUGUCAGAAACCCAAGGCCAGUAAAACAGCUCCUCCCUGUAGGAACAGUGUGAUCAGUGAGAGGAACUCCACCAUCGCAGACUCCACCCUGGUGUCCAACGAUGCCUACUGGUACAGUCUGUUUCUAGCAGAGACCAGGAAAGGAAAGCUGGUGGUUAGACAGCCUGUGCCAAAGGGCUCCAGAUACAUUGUGUCCAGUAUACCGAGAAGCACAGGAGUGACUGACACUAGUGACUCUGCAGCUUCUACUCUACAGGUAUGAGAA